GCUAAUACAUCUUAACAUCAUUGAAAAGUUGCUGCUAUAAGCCCUUCAUCAUAUCAUAGCCCUAAACUGGUUACUGUUAUUUUGUUUUUAUGUCAAGAAUUUUCUAAAUGUCAACAAACCCACAAAAACUAGAUAUCAACUUCCAGCAACUACUGAAUAUGGAUCUUUCAGGAUCUUUAUCACCAGCACUUGGCCGCUUGCCUCAUCUGUUGACAUUGUGUUUUAUAUGGAACAAAAUUAAUGGGAGUAUACCAAAAGAGAUUGGCAAUAUCACAACCUUGGAGCUAUUGCUCCUGAAUGGGAACAAAUUGACAGGAUCCUUGCCUGAUGAGCUCGGCAAUCUAUCGAAUCUAGACAGGAUUCAAAUUGACGAGAAUAACAUAUCUGGACCAAUACCUACAUCAUUUGCAAAAUUAAACAAAAUAGUGCAUUUUCACAUGAAUAAUAAUUCAAUUAGCGGACAAAUCCCUCCGGAGCUCUCCAAAUUACCAAAACUUAAACACUUCCUUCUUGACAAUAACAAAUUAUCGGGGUAUCUUCCACAAGAACUUGCCCAAAUGCCGAAUUUAGCCAUCCUUCAACUUGACAAUAACAACUUUGAUGGGGCUACCAUUCCAGGAUCAUUUGAAAACAUACCUACAUUAUUGAAGUUGAGUCUCAGGAAUUGUAACUUGCAUGGAUCAGUCCCUGACCUAAGUGGAAUACCCAACCUUGGUUAUCUGGACUUGAGCUCCAACCAGCUAAAUGGAUCCAUACCUAUAAAUAAGCUCUCGGAGAAUAUCACAACCAUCGAUUUAUCCAACAAUAAUCUUACUGGAAGCAUUCCUACCAACUUUUUUAGUCUACCUCUUCUCCAAAAACUGGACUUGAGCUCCAACCAACUAAGUGGACCUAUUCCUACAAAUAAGCUCUUGAACAAUAUCACAACCAUGCUACUUGCAAAUAAUUCAUUGAAUGGCUCAAUUUUAUCCUCCCUUUGGCAGAACAGGUUUCUAAAUGGAUCAGAGAGUCUUACACUAUAAGUCUUGAAAAAAUUAUUUUUGUUGUUUAGAAUGUGAACCCUACAUCACGAUCACAGACUUGAUUUGCCAAGUGAAUAUGUUGAUCUAGAUUUAGGAGCUUCAUUUGUUCUCACUUAAGAUCAAUAUUGUAAUCAUUUGUGAUGUUCAAAGACAGUUUUUGCUAAUAAUCAAUGCUAUGUGGUGCUUUACAUUAACUGUGUAGAGAUUUGGAGAACAAUUUGCUUGUCAAUAUUUCCGGCAGUUCUGAUCUCCCUCCAAGUGUCACUCUCUGGCUUAAAGGGAAUCCUCUAUGCCAGAAUAGAAGUUUAGUUCAGUUUUGUAGAUCUCAAACUAAGCAUGAAAGCACUAUUACAAACUCUACCACCGUUGAAUGUAAACCGCAAUCAUGUCCUUAUGAGUAUUCCCCAACAUCUCAUUUAGAUGGUUUUUGUGCCACACCUUUGUGUAUAGGGUAUCAAUUGAAAAGUCCUGGCUUUUCAAAUUUUACUCCAUACAAAGAAAUGUUUAUGAAGCAU